CGCGCCCUUCGAAGAACGAACGAAGGAAACGGAGAAGGAAAGAAGAAGAGUAAAAGGAGGAAGCUUCGGCCUGUAAUCUGGGCCGCAGUGUUUGGGGGAAAGGCGAGGGGAUGGAAGGCGGCCGGAGUUUGCCGUUGUCUCGGCGUGAUCUGGCUGCGGCAACGGUGGUGUUCGCGAUCUUCGGAGUGGGGCUCGCGGGGCUCUACCUCUCGAUGCCGGCCUCCGACUACAGCUUCCUUAAGCUUCCUCGCACCCUCGAAGACAUCCGGAUCCUCAGGGAUAAUCUGGAAAGCUACACCAAUGACUACACUGUGCAGGUCCUGAUAUGCUACUUCACGGUAUACAUUUUUAUGCAGACUUUCAUGAUCCCAGGAACUGUGUUUAUGUCAAUACUAGCUGGAGCCCUCUUUGGAAUUGCUGGUGGUAUGGUUUUGGUGAUUCUUGCUGCAACAGCUGGUGCAUCUUCCUGUUAUUUCCUGUCGAAAAUAAUAGGAAGGCCCCUGGUCUUUUCAUUGUGGCCAGAUAAGCUGAGUUUCUUCCAGGCUCAGGUUGCUAAAAGAAGAGAGAAGUUGUUAAACUACAUUCUAUUUCUCAGAGUCACACCCACAUUGCCAAACACAUUCAUCAACAUGGCUUCUCCAAUAGUUGAUGUGCCCUACUCUAUCUUCUUCUUGGCUACUCUUAUCGGGCUCAUCCCAGCUGCAUAUGUGACAGUCCGGGCAGGAACAGCUCUCGGUGAGUUGAAAUCGGUGGCCGACCUGUAUGAUUUCCAAUCAAUAGCUACACUCUUCUUCAUAGGAAUUGUUACGGUGACACCUACACUUAUCAGCAAGGGUCAGAAGUGAAGCACACAACCUUACCAAUUGGAGAUUUCUAAUCCUCCAUUUUGCAAACAUCAACUUCAGCAGAAGUGCAUUCAUUCUCUUCCUGCGCUAAAUCGGCAAGACUCGAUGCUCACUAGCAAUGGCACCAUGCGUUAGGUUGGAUUCAAACUUUGUGUUGCUGUGCCAUUUUUUUCACUCAGGUGACAUAUUCUCUGAUCAAGUUGAUUUUCACUUCUGUUGUACCAGUAAUCAGAGAAUUCACUCGGCUCCUGGCGAACCUUUUUUGAACAAUUAAGUAUAAUCUUUUCAGUGUUUGCUUA